CAUUCAGUCUGUGGAUUUACUUUGACUCGAGAAGACAAAAUGAAGUUGGCGGUGACUCUUGCCUUUUGUUUUAUUGUGAAAGUUGCCAUUGGCAACACCGUUCUUCAAAGUUCAUGCCAAUUGGACCUGGAAACAACUGUGUCAAAGAGUUUGGAACUAUUGAAAAACGCCCUUGGAAGAGGUGAAUGUCCUGUUUCCUGUCCGGACGGCUGGAUUAAAUACCAGGGAUCGUGUUAUCUGUUCGGAAACACUGCGGGUAAUUUCGCACAGUCAGAGGAAUUUUGUGCUGAGAAUGGAGGAUACCUUGUCCACAUCAAUAACUCAAGCGAGAACGACUUCCUUAAAGACUCUGCCCGAGAAAGAUCAAGUCGAGACUACUGGAUUGGUCUGACGGACAGGGAGACAGAGGGCGUGUUUACAUGGCUGGACGAUGGCUCACAGCUGGACGGCUUCACAGGUAGUAGCAUUUACUUUUGAGAGUAUAUAAUUAAGGAUACUUCUAACAAAAGUCCGUUGUCAUGCAUAUACAUGAAACGACAAAAAUAGGCACAGUCGCAAACACAAGGAGUCGAAACUAACAAGACACAUAUAGUGUACAUUGGAUCACGUUUAAAUCAUGACGAAUAUAUUUAAACUUUGAAAACACGAAUGUUUGUUAAAAUUUACCAGUACGAAAUUAUGGCUUUACAUUCGCCUCUGAUGCAAAUCAUCGACCUAGAAAGGUUUCUUAAUAUAUUUUUGUUUUGAAGAUUGGCCAACAAGUCAACCAGACGAUUAUCGUUCCAAUGAGGAUUGUGCAAUUAUACAUUCAGCGUAUGAUUUCAAAUGGAACGACGGUGUCUGCAAUAGUAAUUCACCCUAUCCACUGUGUGAACGAAUGAAUUAGUCCGCAUCUUCUAGAUGGGUGUUUGCGUGAAUAAUGAAAUGACAUAAUAGUAGACGGUCCAUAUAGUUUACGCUUAAAACAUCAAGUAAUCAUUUUCCUAUUUAGACAAAAAAGUAAGGUCCUAGCGAAUCUAUUCACGCCAUAAAUUAUAAAUUGGCACUGAAUAUACUUUGUUUCAAACGAUAUGCCUAUAUUAUCCAAAUAUUCACUUCAUACCUAUUAAAUUAGACUACAUGCGUGUAUUAAUGAACGUAUUUAAAGUUUCAAAGUUGAUAGCUUUAAUGCAACGUCGACACAAUAAACUAUGUCAUUAAUUAUUGAGGAAUUUAACUUCUUAGAUAUUUUUGCAACUCAGCACUCAUUAGAAUCACUUUUAUUAAUAACAUAAUUAUAUUUAUGUAAAACCAAUUAAUGCUUGUUACCUUAUAUCCGUAGCAUUACAUCCCGUUUUAGUACAAAGUUAUACUGGUUAUGCUUGAGUGUGUUGCAAUAACGUUUUGAAUAUAACAUAGUAACAAAAUGAAUACUUUUCUGGUUCUUAUUAAUCAUCUUAUUAUUUUGCACUGUUACACUAACACUGUUUAUUAUCUUUUAACAUACCCAAACAUGUAAAUUACCAAAAUAAAAAUUCAAAAAAUUGU